AUGGAGGAUGAUGGAAGGGGGGCCGGCACGAAGACCCAGUGGUGGUGGUGGUGCGCAAUGGCAAGCAUGGCCCAGUUAGGGUGGGGCAUUUCAUCAUUGAAAAAAGGCUACGCUGGUGACUCUCGUUACAUGCCCUUGAAAGCAUGUGCCGUUGCCUCCCUCUUUGUGGGUUCCGCCGCCUCUGCUUCCAUUGCUGUCCUUAAAGCCUCGGGCAUGCACACGGUGGAGGAUUUUCUAGAAGUGGGAGCAAAUAUGAGGACCGGACUAGGGAUUCCUCCAAGAGUACCAAAGGACGAAGCGGCAUCGAGAAUGUUGAAGAUUGAUGCAAUAUCACAUCCUAUUUUUUGUAAUGCUAGAAUGCAGGCUGUAGAUGUUAAGAAUAUGUUGCACUUCACACCACUUUUUUGUGCUUUCUCUGCCAUGGACGUGGACUGUACUCAAUUUUCAAGUCAUGACAAUGAGAUCAUUUAUGACUUCAACUUCAGGCAAAUCCCUUACAACACCGUGGCAGAGCUGGCCAGCAGUGCAAGCAAAUCUUAUGGCUUGAACAAUAAAAGUACCAUUGACAGGGAAUCAAUCAAGAAAAAGAAAUUGAUUGAUCGUCCUCAACAAAGAAGAAUUUGGUCCGCAUAUCAUUGUGCUAAGGACCUUAAAAAGGCAGACAUUCACUUCUGGCCAAGCAAUACUAAUGUGGUCACAGAUGUCAAGUUCAAAUCAAAAGUCCUUGGUGGCAUGCUGAAACUUCCUCAAAUCACCAUAGACGACUCAUCCAAAUCAUUGCUCUUAAAUUUAAUAGCUUACGAAAGAUGCGUUGAUGCGUCCGGUGAACUUUGGGCCUCUUCUUACAUCUGGUUCUUUGAUCCACUAAUUCAGGAUUUUGAAGAUGCGCAGGUGCUGCAAUCAGAAGGCAUACUUGUCGGUAAUCUUGGAUGUGACCAACAAGUCGCUGAUCAUUUCAACGAGAUGGCCAGGCAUUUGAUGCCCAACCCUUAUGUUUAUAAUGAUGUUAAAUGGUUCCUUGACAAUCAUUAUAAGGGCAUCUUUAAGAAAUGGAUAGCUGAAUGGCUGCAGGUUUAUUUCAGUGUUCCUUGGACCUUUAUUGCAUUUGUUGCUGCAACUUUUGGUUUGACACUUACUGCCAUCCAGUCCUACCUUGCAGCAUUCCCAUCAGGGGGUGAUGCAUCUGUAAAGAAGCCAUCUUUGUUUAUAACAAUGCAUGGGUGUUUUGAACCCUCUACCCCAGUUAGAAAAGAAGAUCUUGACAGCUUCAUUGAUGUUCGCCGUUACUUUGGCAAAAAAUUGAAUGUUUCUGACAAGAAUGGAGGUGGCCCUGUAACUGUUGCGGAUACAGAAGCUGAAGAAGCUAUAGUUUCCAUCGUUCUUGAAAACCUCCUUUCCCAUGCAGUUUUUGGCAAAGAAACCAGGAGGAAUUCGGAAGAUGUCAACACAAUAACAUCAAGAUUCCAGACUUUGUUUGCGUUGUGGAUCCCAUUGAUGGAACAGACAGCUUUAUUUGUGGAAGGAUUAACAGGGAGGAAAACAACCAAGAAUUGCGAACAAGUGUCAGCCAGAGCCUGUCAGGAUUUGGUUCGUGCACGAGUGGAUGUAAAAUCCAGGCAAUAUAGUGAUGAUGCUGAGUUUGCUUGUGAUAGGAUUGUGGGUGCAGGUCUAGGUCAGAUAUUGCACGAUGUGAGUUGUUUUGCUUAUGGUUCAUUGGCUUCUGGAUCUGUUGAUCUUGUUGUUGAUUGUGUGCUUGAUUGUCAUGAUUUUCUCGCAUUAAUUGCUGUUCUUGAAGGUGCUGGUGUGGUUAUUUCUGAUUGGGAAGGCAAUGAGCUUUACCUGGACGUUGAUCCGGAAGUGUAUGCGAUUCCAGGAGGGUAUUGA